UGUUAUGUGAUUAAAGAACAACUCACGUCUUCUUCUUUUCUUCUCGUGGAGCAACAAGUCUUUUUUUUUUGUGCAGAAGAGCAACACGUCUUCUUUCCUUCCUUUUUUUGAAAUUUGUAUGGUUAAAAUAGAAUGAGAAACCAAGGUUUUAUAGUGUUGUUUUAUUAAUAAAAAAUAAGACAUUUAUUUAUCUACUGCGUUUUUUGCAGGAACCGCUAAGUAGUGGGAGCUGGGCGUUUUUGAAAUGCGGAUUUUAUCUUUUGGUCAGUAAAAGUGCUUCGAUAUGUGCACCGCGUUUUUGAGCUUUUUUUUUCUUUUAUUAAUUAUCACUGUUGCAAAAUAGUGUGAUUAGUGACCUGAGUGCGUUUUUCAAAAUCCGCUCUUGAAAACCGUCCCGCAUGUGUCUCCAUUCAUUACCUUAGUCUCUGAUUCUCUCUCCUAUGUUACUAGAAUCUCUAUUUUUUUUUUUUUUUGUAGCUUUGAAGAAAUCAUUUCCCAUGAGCCAUGGCUAACAAAUAAUUGAUGUGAUAGCUACUUUACCGAGGGGAAAGAGAAUCAACAGCUAUGAUAAUUGAAAUUGGAUAUUUACAAAUUCGUUUGUCAUGGUUUGACUAUUAGACUAUCUAUGUUUUCUUAUAGAAGAGUAUAUUAGACUAUCUUACAAACUUUUGUAGGUCUAUUAACUAUUUUACAUACAUGUUUAGUUUCAUAGUUUUUAUUAUAUUAAUUUUAAGUAAAAAGGAACACUUAAUUAAAAAAACAAAUACAAAUAAACCUGAAUGGAUCAAAUAUGAUAUUACUAGGUGGUAUCCAACUCCAGAAAAAAAGUGUCUAAAUAGAUUCCAUUUUGAUAAAAACAUAAAAUAAAUCUGUUGCAACUCUUUUCUAAAGAUAGUUUAAAUACAAGAAAAGUUUUCCCGUGCUUAGGGGUGAUAAUACUAGUUUAUUAUAUAAAUUACUGUCCAAAAUUAGUCAUUUAAGAGUUUUACAAAUUCGAUAUUUAAUAAUUGGUCAACCAUACAAUGUUUACAACACUAACUAUUGUUUAAAAAGGAACAAAUUUAAUGGUCAAGGUUUUGUUCUAUGCCUUCUUUGAAUAAUUAAAAGGUUUUGCAUCUGACCUAUUGAUCAAAACAUGAACAGGAAUGUGGGUUGAGAGUCUUCUUGUAAGUUGUCUCCUUUCCCUUUAAUUCUUCUUCAAUCGUUGUCGACUUCAAUUUUAACAUGUUUUCUUUGUUUUAAGCUGAGAAUCAUUUUCUACGUUUAAAACAGUAAUGAGAACAGUGAUGAUUCCUCUGCAAAAAAAAUAAAAAUAAAAAAACAAAAACAUAAAGAAUGCAAACUGUACAACGAAACAUAAUUAAUUGCUGGAAUUAAGAUAUUUUAUCAGUUAGUCAUUUACUAUACAGCCACCAUCAGAUUGAAAAUUCGUCCAGAAAAGAAAAAGAAAGAGGAUACGAUGUUGUCGAUAUCAAAAUAAAAUUAUGGGAGAGAAGAAAGCAUCAAUUACCUCAUAGAAGAAAUUAAACUGUUUGAAACCAUUUAAUAAACAAAUUUGUUGAAUAACUGAUUUUAAUGGAGGAUGAGGAGGUGGAGAUCGUGGCAAGGAAUACAAAAAUUUUGUUCUUUCUUUUCGUUGGAAAUAUAGAUGACAAAAACUACUUUGUUUCAAAAAAAUUUCUUUUUAACUUUUUUUUGAUAAAUGAAACCUAAAACAUGUGCCAAAAUAGGAUUGGUUGUGUGACUUGUGCUUUAGUAUAUAAGAGAUUACUUUUCAGUUGCACCUCGCUGAGUUCAUCAAACUUCUCUUUGUGCAAGUAUUCUUCUGUUUUUUAGUAAACAUUGUGCAAGUAUUCUUUUGGUCUGCCUAUUCAUAAACAUUAAUAAUGACAAUGUAACAUCCCAGUUUGUGGUAUAUGUUGGAAGGAGUAAGAGAAUUGAUGUGGCUAUCCAUGUCAUCAAAGCGCACUUACAUUUUCCACCAAACAUCCGUUUAUAAUUCUAAGGUUAAACGUAUUUGAGCUAGAGAAGUGGAGACUAUGGGGAAGUGAUUCCUGAUAUCGUGCGAGUGAGGCAAAGCACGAGAACAAAUUAUGUGGUAAUUGCAGGGUCAGUAAACAAUGAUUUCGAACCUUUCAAAAAAUUAACGCACCGUCCGUAAGAUAGGAUGGGCCCGCGGACCGAGUGAGCAGGUGUGGGUGGUCCAUUAGCCGUGGGCGGUCGAGGCAUUACAAGUGGUGUCAAAGCCGAACCCAAACGAAUUUGGAGUCAGCGAGGGCUCACACUAACAUGGUUAACGAUCUUGGGGCGCAACGGGAACAUUGCGUUCUGUGAGAGGGGGUGAAUUGUAACUGGGAUGUUUGUGGUAUAUGUUGAAAGGAUUAAGAGAAUUGAUUUGGAUAGCUAUGUCACAAAAGUGCACUUACUUUUUACAAACAAAUGAUGUAAUGUAUCUUGUAGAGGAAGAGUUUCGACCAAGUAGGGGAAUCCGUCAAGGAGACCCACUCUCACCUUAUCUAUUCAUUUUGUGUAGUGAGGUGGUCUCGGGAUUAUGUAACAGAGCUCAAGAAGAUGGUUCUUUGAAGGACAUUCAAGUUGCUCGGGUCUGCCCUUAUAUUAAUCAUCUACUGUUUGUGGAUGACACUAUGUUCUUCCUUAAAUCCAACAAGGCCAGCCGAGCAGCUUUGAAAAAUAUUAUGAGGCGUUACAAGACAGCUUCCGGACAGUUGAUUAACACCGAGAAAUCUGCAAUAACCUUCUCAAGUAAAACCCUUGCAGAUCUAAAGCAUACUGUUAAAGAUGAUUUGCAGAUCCAAAAGGAGGGUGGCACCGGAAAAUAUUUAGGCCUACCGGAUAAUUUUGGAAGGCGUAAAAGAGACCUCUUUGCGAGUAUAGUGGACAGGAUAAAACAAAAGGCGAGCAGUUGGUCAAACAGACAUUUAUCCUCAGCAGGAAAGUUGGUAAUGUUGAAGAGUGUACUCUCUCUGAUCCCUUCAUUUGCGAUGACUUGCUUCAAGCUCCCCUUACCUUUAAUAAAAAGGAUUCAGUCUGCUGUAACUCGUUUUUAUUUGGAUGUGAGAGAUGGAAAGAAGUAGAUGGCAUGGGUUGCAUGGAGUAGACUGGCUCAGCUAAAAGAAGAAGAUGGCAUGGGUUGGGACUGCGAGAUUUUCAAAGCUUUAAUGAUGCUUUCUUAGGAAAGCUCAGCUAGAGGUUACUCAACAACCCGCAAAGCUUACUGAGCCGAGUUCUCUGCGGAAAAUAUUGUGCAGAGUGGAGUUUAUUUGAAUAUCAAAACAGAUCCUCGGAAUGACAUGGAUGGAAAAGUUAUCUUAAUAGGAAACGACCUGAUCUUGAGAAACUCGGGGUGAUUAGUGGGAGAUGGAACCUCGAUUGAUCUAUGGAAGGACCCUUGGAUCAGUGUGAAGCAGCAGGAAAGGCUGAUGAGGCCACCAACGGAGUUAACCCAAGACCUCAAAGUGGCGUAUCUAUUUAAACCGGACACUACCGAGUGGGAUAUAAAGAAGAUCAGAGAGAUAUGCCCUGCAGCGGAAGACCAAAUCCUAAAGAUUAAAGCAAGUAAGUCUGGGGCUCCAGACAAAUUUUGUUGGUUGGGAACUAGGAGUGGAGACUACUCAACUAAGUCAGGAUACCACGCUGCGUUCGAGGAAUCAAAUGAUGCUGAGAACCUGGAGUUAGAAGGAAACUGGAAUCAAGAGGUUUGGAGCCUGCGUACUGCCCCUAAGGUGAAGAUGCUGAUUUGGAAAGCUUUAAGGGGAGCUCUGCCAGUGGGAACAAGGCUUCAAGAUCAACAUAUCAAAGUAGACUCCCGAUGUAAGCGAUGUGGAGAACCCGAAUCUAUUACUCAUCUAUUUUUUUAAUGCGAGUUUGCAAAAGCUAUGUGGCAAGCAGCUCCCUUUAUGGGUGAAAUUGAUUUUAGAGGAAUAGUAGAUUUGAGGGAGAUGUGGAAUCAGGUGAAGACACGACCAUGCUUACCUCCUACCGGAAUAUCAUCAAAUCAUUUAACGUCUUGGAUCAUGUGGGGUCUAUGGAAAACAAGGAACAAGCUAGUCUUCUCGAAUAUAACUUUGGAUGCAGAGGAGUCCAUGUCUAAAGUCAUCGUAAUGGCCAGAAAAUGGCAAGAAAAGCAAGUGAAACCCAUAAGGGUGCACAGAACUAGCAAACCUCAAACUCUCAACAAUGCAAACAUCGUUCUUAGAUCAGAUGCAGCAUGGAGCGUAACAUCAUCUCGAGCAGGACUCGGCUGGGUCCUAACCCAGAGUGACAAUACGGAGUCUUUCUCGAAGGUAGAAGAAAACAUACCUACACCAUUGAUGGCAGAGGGGAUGGCUUUGCGAGAAGCUCUUCAGUCUUGCUAUGGAAGGGGAAUUAAGAAGCUGAGGGUUGAGUCAGACUCAAAGAUUCUCAUCAACAGUGUCUCGAAGGAAACUCGGUGCCGGAGUUGUACGGAGUCGUCGCAGAUAUUUUACUUGUUUCUAGUUUGCUUGAUUCUCUUUGUUUUAAAUGGAUCGCAAGGGAAGAAAACUUUGCGACAAACUUAUUAGCAAAACAGGUGAUGGGUGUAAGUGAGGAAUUUAUGACCUCCACCUAAUUUUAAUUCAAUGAAGUGUGUUUAAAAAAAAAACAAAAAAAAAGACACUAGUCACACUACAAACUUGGUCUAUUUUGAUUCAAUCUCAAUGCCAAAUACUGUUAUAACUUGGUUUACUUUGUGACUCAACAAAUACUGUUAUAACUUGGUCUAUUUUGUGACUCAACAAAUAUUGUUAUAAGACGUUUACAUUGUUCUCCAGAUAUCAAAGUCAUCAUCCAGAUAAUAAAAACCCCACUCUAAGAACCCUGGGUUAAUCAUGAUCUUAGUGAUUCAAAACCAGCUAAACAGGCUGGAAAGCCACAACCCAUUGUCAACAAAAAAUACUAAUAACUGAUAUAGUUAAGGACCACAUAAUAUAAGUACUAGAUUUGGAGAUCCUGCAGAUUAAAAGAGACCAAGCUGUACCAACGGGUCAUAGAAAAUGUUAUCAAAAUAAAAGCCAAAUCAUAAACAAAUGAUGGCUCUGUGCACACAAAAAAAAUGAUGGUUCAAAUAAGGCUUAAGAUCCUAGGCGUUUCUGAUUGGAUUGGCUGUAACUAAAGUUUUGAAAAGUUCAAUAAAUAAAAUAAGAGACUCCCUAAAAAGUGAGAGUUUAAUACUAAUUGAGGCUGUGCACAUAAAAUAAGGAUUAUUGGUUAAUCAUUGAAUACUGUGAUUUAUAGGUAGCAUAUGUCCAUUACGCAUCUGAGAGCAUCUCCAAUGUACACCUCUAUAAUUUCCUCUAAAAUAGAGAUUUCCAUUAUAGAGGUGAAAUUACUCCAAUGUAUGUUUCUAUAAUAGAAUUCUUUUAUUUUAGAGGAAAAUAUAGAGGAAAGUUACUUUUUGUCUCUAUAUUUAGAGGUGAAAAUGACAUAUCUCUAUAUUUUCUCCUAUAAAUAGAGGAACUCUAUUAUAGAGGCAUACAUUAGAGCAUUUUCACAUUUAUAAUAGAAUUUCUCUAUUUUAGGAGAAAAUAUAGAGAUAGAAAUAGAGGUGGGUUGGAAAUAAUCUGAGAAAUGUCAGAUGGUAUCAUAUCACAUCCGGUAAUAUGCGAGUGUGUGAAAACUGUAACAACAUAUAAAUCCAAAUAAACAAAUCAUAGCAUCUAUAUAUAACUUCGCAUAAGUUUUUUUGGUCAAAUAUAACUUCAUAUAAGUUAAAAGUAUAAUUUAGUAGUAAGUAAUACCCUUAAUAUGCAACAGCAAAUAGUACACAAUUGCAACUUUCUCAACAAUUGAGGUUGUCAAGAGAUAUAUUCCUUAAUUUUUUAUAGAAUAUUACUAAUUGAUAACAACAGAACAGCAAAGAUGUUUAAAAUCUACUACCAUUCAAUUGAAGAGUUUUAACUUUUAAAAGUGCUAAUUCCUAUUGCAACAAGUUUAAUAUUCUUUUCUUAGGAAAAACAAGAGCAUGUAUGUAAAGACAAAAUCACUGAGGAAAAUGCUAGCUUUAGAAGAUAAGGUUUUAAAAUGAAUCCUGUUUAAAGUGAGACAAAAAUAAAUUAUUUCAAUAUUCAAUAUUGGAGAAGUGAUAGUCCCUGCACAAGCUUCUUGUGGUUGUAGAGAUAUGUAGCAACGGCACAAUCAACACUAAUGGAUUCAUGUAGUUGGAUAAACUCUUUCUGGGUCCCAAAUCUCACUUGAAAAGAAGAAGAAAAUACCACUUUCUUAGGAAAAUCUUACUAAUCUACAAUUAUAAAGAAUUCUCAGUCCCCAAUCAGUAAUCAUAUCAAGCAUAUAUAUAAGACAAUUUUGUAUUCCCCUAAACAUUAAGAAGAAACAACUAAACAGAGCCAAGCAAAGCAGAGAGAAUAGACUUUGAUUCCAAGCUUUUUCAAAGAGUAAUAAAAUGUCUGCAAAUGAAUUACCUUCUUCGGCCCAAGCCUUCUAUGAACAAGUCCUUAGUUGUUUUAUCUCUAGAAAGCUGCUUAUGCACAACUCUCAACGAGCCCAUGCGGUCGCACCAACUCCUCCUAUAAGCCAUGAGAACAACGUCAGUGGUGGUGUCUUGGUGCUUCUCUCAGUCCUCAUCUGUGGAAUCAUCUUCUGCCUCGGGUUACAUUACCUCAUUUGUUUGGCAUUCAGACGCUAUUCAAGCUUCAUGAUCUCUGAGCCUGUCCCCAGUCUUUCAACACAACGUGAUUCAUCACACAAAGGAAUCAAGAAGAAAGCUCUUAGGAUGUUCCCAGUCGUGAGUUACUCACAUGAGCUGAACCUCUCUGGGAUUGGUGAAGAGUGCGUCAUCUGCUUGUCGGAUUUUGUUUCCGGUGAAAUGCUCAGGCUGCUACCUAAGUGCAACCACGGGUUCCAUGUUUGUUGCAUUGACAAGUGGCUUCAACAACACUUGACUUGUCCAAAAUGCAGACACUCUUUGGUUGACACAUGCCAGAAGAUCUUAGGUGACUUCAGUCAAGCCGAUCACGUGACAGCAGGACCAACAGAGAACGUUAUUGUCAGAAUAGCUACUCUGGAACCUGAAGGCAGAGUAAACACUUUUAGAGAAAGCAGCUAAGUGUUCAGAAACCAUCAUUAAUCCAGAAUAUAUGCUCAAGCUAGAUAGGAGAUUUUAGAUCUGAGCAUAAUUCAUGUCUAUAUGAUUCCAAAAAAAUACACUUAGAUAUAUUUUUCUGUAGCACAAAGUAUAUAUAGCGAGAACAUAUCUCACUUUUCAGUACUAUCUCAUUGAGUUCACCAAACUUCUCUUUGCAGAUUAAUUUCUUUACAGUGGAGUGUAAAUGAUGUAAUCUUAUUCAAAGACAUUAAAAUUCAUCUA